AUGUCAAGGGAAGAAUCGCAGAAGCUGUCACUCGAUGAGGAGGCGCAGAAGAGAAAAGAGCGUCUCGCUCUGCUGAAGAAGCGAAAGCGACCACAAAAUGAGACCGGAGAGGAGGCAGAGUUGCCAUCUGUACCUAUUGUGCAGCCUUCAUUACCACGUGAAGAAGAGUCUAUACCUACAGAACCUCCCGUAGAUGAGAAUGGCGAAAGCAUCUUGGGAGAAGAGACAGUAGAGGAAGCAGCAGCAAGAAUCGCCGCAAAGGCCAAAGCAGAUGCCGAGAAAAUGAAGACCGACGCUCCAAUCGAUCUAUUCAGUCUUGCCGGGACAAAGACAAGAGACUAUGAUCUGAAACGAAAUCUGGAACAAAAAUUGACGCGACUGAAGCCGAGAACGGAUGCGGCCAUUGCAACUUUGUUGAGACAACGGUUGAUGGAGCAGCAGGAGAAGAAGAAUGGAGGGGAGCCUGAUUUGGCGGUAGGGAUGGAGAUGAGGGAGCAAGAGGCGCGAGCGGAGGCUGCGAUGGAGGAGGCAUAG